GUAGUGGUCCAACCGCUCACUCUGGAUCGAGAUGUUGCCAGGGCGAUCGAGCUGCUGGAGAAGCUGCAGGAGUCAGGUGACGUUCCUGGUCACAAGCUGCUGUCUCUGAAGAGGGUCCUGCAGAGCGAGUUCUGCACAGCCAUCAGAGAGGUGUACCAAUACAUGCACGAAACGAUCACAGUGAAUGGCUGUCCAGAAUACCAGGCGCGAGCCACGGCUAAGGCCACAGUCGCAGCCUUCGCAGCCAGUGAGGGUCACUCUCACCCACGGGUGGUGGAGCUACCCAAGACAGAGGAAGGGCUGGGCUUUAAUGUGAUGGGUGGCAAAGAGCAGAACUCACCUAUCUACAUCUCCCGCAUCAUUCCCGGGGGUGUGGCUGAGAGGCAUGGUGGUUUAAAACGAGGGGACCAGCUCCUGUCUGUCAACGGUGUGAGCGUGGAGGGAGAGCACCAUGAGAAAGCAGUGGAGCUGCUGAAGGCGGCCAAGGACAGCGUGAAGCUGGUGGUUCGCUACACUCCCAAAGUGCUGGAGGAGAUGGAGGCUCGCUUUGAGAAGCUUCGGACGGCCCGGAGGCGCCAGCAGCAGCAGCUCCUCAUGCAGCAGCAGCAACAGCAGAACCUGGCCUCUCAGCAGAACCACAUGUCGUAGGUUGUUCCAAAAGAAGAAGAAGUAAAAGAGAGUGUAAAGAUGGAUCUCAAAGGCCAUCUGUUUGUGUUGAAGAUCCCAAAGGAACCGCCCUGACGAGGACACCAACAAGUAGAAGAUUCUUUUACUUACUCUCUCCUUUCCAGUUUACCAUCGAUUACUGAGAACAAACAGAGAGACGUUUGUCCUGAAACUGGUGCUUUGCAGGAGGCUAGCACUGAAGGUCGUCCGUUUCAACUCUGUAUUCCCUUUUAUAAGUUGAUCUCCCCAUUGUGACUCUCAUUGAAACUGCCCGCUUUUUGUGUUUGUUGCUUUUUUUUUUAUAGUCCCCCAUUUUGGUUAGCUUACCAGCAUCCAUUACACCGCGACACCCAUGUGGCUCUCAUUUGUACAGUGUUUCUAUUGAUUCUUCAACUGGUGCUUGUGUCUCUGUAUGAAUGACCAUUGAUUUCUUUCUUCUUUGUGUCAAACUUGUCCUGUUUUGGAUACAUGUGAACUCUUUUUUACCUUCUAUAUUGUAGCAAGAAAAGACUUUGUAUCUCGUAGGCUUAGCAAUAACACCCAUUCACUUCGCCACAAAACUUUUAAUUGGAUUCAUACAACACAGUUUGUGGAAUAGGUGCAAAUGUAAAUCAUUGUAAAGUGAACUGAAGCAGUGUAAGGCAGCUUCCUCGGUGCCAUUUCGAGAGAUUAUUGAUUUACAGGAGGCAUGUACAAAUGAUGUGCAAUAACUGCAAUUAUUAACUGACUUUGUAAGCUACUCCCAACUGAGAUUUAUCCAGAAAAGAUAUAUUACAAAGAGGUUCAUAUUAACUGUGUCCUGUUCCCGACUAGCAAACAGAAUGUCACCAAUGAAAAUUAAAAUAUGUUUACUUUUCAGACUUGUCUAUUUUAAAGAUCAGAGAUUUAAGAUAAAGUUUUCCCUUUAAAUAUUGUGUAUUCUUUCUGAGACAUGCAGAUUAUUAUUUAAAAAAUUUAUUUGCUGUAUAUCAGCUGGAUACUAGCACAUAGUGUUUGUUUCAUGCUUUUUUUUUGUUUGACAAUCAUUAUGAGACUGAGUGGAAUGUUUCCUCCGUAUCUUCCUCGGUACCUCGAAGGGAAAUUUGUUUUUAAAGGACAUGAACUCUGGAGUUAAAGUAACCUGACAGGUCUGUAUUCUUCAUGUCUGGUGCUAAGUGCUCCCUGUGUUGUGUGUGUAUUUUUUUACCAUCUUGUUUUCUGCUCUUUUUUAAUUUUCUGUAGGUGGCACUUUUUGCAUGCUUUAACCCUUAGACUGUAUCUUUUAUUUAUUUCAUACAAACCUGAAUUAUAAAACACUUCUUGCAUACCAGAGAGUUUUUUUCCCCAAGGAGAGACCAACCAGAAGUAACAGUGAACAAAAGCCUGUUCAAUUGCUUUUUUGUGAAACUGCUGCUUUAGAAUCCAUCAUGUAUUUGUUGACAGAACGUAUUUACUUUUCACCUGUGAUUAUUUCUGAUCUACAUAACAUCUAAUUGCACAAGUCCUACAUGCAUUAUACAGUAUGUGCCAUUUACUAAAUACUUAGCUCUACGGUCACUUAAUGGUGAAGCUUUUAUGUCAGGUGACCUUAAUGGAGAUUCAGAGGUUUUGGUCUCUCACUCGAUCUUGAAGCAUCUCAAUCCAACAGAUCCCUUUUUGUAUCUUUAAAUCACAGGUACUCUUUCUUAAUUGACUUGCAGUUUUCCAGCUGAUGGUCCUGCACUUACAGUACACAUUAAAAAAACAACAAAAUGUUGAUAUGCAAUUGUUAUACAUAAUAUAUUU